ACACGGUGGCGGCAGAGUGUGAUCCUUUUGCGGCUGCAGCGGCUGAACGCAAGUGCAUAGCAUCUGUCACUGACCGGCACGACGCAGCAGGGCGAAUUAGGUGAAGUUUGACCGGUGUCUUCACACUUUUCAUGAGGUGAAAAACUAAGCUUCCGCUCCACAUAGACUUGCUAUAUUUAUCUUUCAGGUUUCAGGUUAACAGCUCUUCUCACAUGGCCACCUUUUCCCCAUGUGCACAUGCACAAGAAAUGCCAUUCAUCGAUGCUACACUGUCGGAAACAUCCCCCUGACGAAGAAUUUGACAAAUCAGGGGCACUGCAGCGAGUGUGACCCGGUUUCAAGAUGCAGUGAGGAAGAGGAGAAGAAGGGGGCAUGAUCAGAACAGAGAGGGGGGUUGGCAGGGGGAGAGAGAGAGUGAGAGAGACUCAGUGCCACAGUAUGUUCUAGGCAGAAGAGUCCAGUCUGGCUUUCUUGCUUCAGAGAAGACACAGACCCCCUAUGUCCCGAAUCGGCUGGUGCAGGUAGGGUGACAGCGCUGAAGGAGAAGUAGUUGAGGUCAUUUCUAUUUGAGCCAAAAGUGGAUUGAUGGACCUCCAUUAUGGCAAAGUGGAAGUGAUUCUACAUUCUUCAACUGUGGCACAAUGUCGAAUAUGAUUUCCCUGACUGCCGUGAGCAUCUUGUACCUGCCUGUUUUACUGUUUGAGGCCUUUGUCUUGUCUAAUGGGAAGUAUGAGAGGUCUGUGGUGCCGAGCUCUGCCUCCCGCCUGGUGGCGAGGAUGGACGGGGACAUUAUAAUCGGGGCCCUCUUCUCUGUUCACCACCAACCCUCCGCUGAGAAGGUGGCAGAGAGGAAAUGUGGAGAAGUCCGCGAGCAGUACGGCAUCCAAAGAGUGGAGGCCAUGUUCCACGCCUUGGAUCGGAUUAACUCGGACCCCAACCUGUUACCCAACAUCACCCUGGGCUGUGAGAUCAGGGACUCCUGCUGGCAUUCCUCGGUGGCUCUGGAGCAGAGCAUCGAGUUCAUACGAGACUCUCUCAUCUCCAUCCGGGACGACAGGGACGGGUCCAGGUGGUGCAUCGAAGGGGUGCCCUCCAGUCAGCCACCGACAACCAAGAAGCCCAUUGCGGGGGUCAUCGGGCCCGGCUCCAGCUCAGUCGCAAUUCAAGUUCAAAACCUUCUGCAGUUGUUCAACAUCCCCCAGAUUGCCUAUUCUGCAACCAGUAUUGACCUCAGUGACAAGACACUAUUUAAGUACUUCCUCAGAGUCGUGCCCUCAGACACCCUUCAGGCCAGGGCCCUCCUGGACAUCGUCAAACGAUACAACUGGACUUAUGUGUCUGCGGUGCACACAGAGGGGAACUACGGGGAGAGUGGGAUGGAGGUGUUCAAAGAGCUCGCCUCCCAGGACGGCAUCUGCAUCGCCCACUCUGACAAGAUCUACAGCAACGCCGGGGAGAAGCACUUUGACAGGCUGCUGAGGAAGCUGCGUGAGCGUCUGCCUAAAGCCCGAGUUGUUGUCUGCUUCUGUGAAGGCAUGACGGUCCGAGGGCUGCUCACGGCCAUGAGACGGCUCGGAGUAGCCGGAGAGUUCCUCCUAAUUGGCAGUGAUGGCUGGGCCGACCGGGUGGAGGUGGUGGAGGGAUACGAACAGGAGGCUGUGGGCGGCAUCACAGUGAAGCUGCAGUCUAAAGAGGUCUCCUCCUUCGAUGACUACUUCCUGAAGCUCAAGCUCAGCACCAACACCCGCAACCCGUGGUUCCCCGAGUUCUGGCAGUACCGCUUCCAGUGCCGCCUUCCCGGACACCCGCUAGAGAACCUGAAUUAUGCACGGAACUGCACAGAGGAUGAUGAUCUAGAACUCCGAGACGGUUAUGAAAGUCUGGAGGACAACUACGUCCAAGACAGCAAAAUGGGAUUCGUCAUCAAUGCCAUCUACGCCAUGGCCCACGGGCUGCAAGACAUGCACACCAUUCUCUGCCCUGGGACCGUGGGGCUCUGUGAAAACAUGAAACCUGUCGACGGCAGCCACUUACUGGACUUUCUCCUCAAGACUUCCUUCACGGGUGUUUCUGGAGAGGACAUUUGGUUUGAUGAGAAUGGCGACUCCCCCGGGAGGUAUGAGAUUAAGAACUUCCAGCAAGUGGAGCCUGGUGUUUAUGACUACAUCAACAUUGGCUCCUGGCAUGAGGGUCUUCUCAGUCUGGAUGACGAACUGAUGCACAUGAACCGCAGUGACGUGGUCCGCUCUGUCUGUAGUGAGCCCUGCUCCAAAGGAGAGAUCAAGGUGAUCAGGAAGGGAGAAGUGAGCUGCUGCUGGAUUUGCACUGACUGUAAGGAAAACGAGAUCGUCCAGGACGAGUUCACAUGUAAGGCCUGUGAGCUGGGCUGGUGGCCGGAUGAAGAACUGGAAGGCUGUGAGCAAAUUCCACUGCGCUACCUGGAGUGGAGCAAUCCAGAGUCCAUUAUCCAGGUGGUUUUUGCCUGUCUGGGCAUCCUGGUCACGUCAUUUGUUGCCUUCAUCUUUGUCUUAUAUCGUGACACGCCUGUGGUCAAAUCCUCCAGCCGGGAGCUCUGCUACAUCAUCCUCGCAGGGAUCUUCUUGGGCUAUCUGUGUCCCUUCACCCUUAUCGCCCGUCCCACCGUGGUCUCCUGCUACCUCCAGAGGCUGCUUGUGGGACUCUCUGCUGCCAUGUGCUACUCCGCCCUGGUGACCAAAACCAACCGCAUUGCCCGUAUUCUGGCUGGCAGCAAAAAGAAAAUCUGCACCAGGAAACCGAGAUUCAUGAGUGCCUGGGCUCAAGUGGUCAUUGCCUCCAUCCUGAUCAGUGUCCAGCUCACCUUGGAGAUUACCCUCAUUAUCUUGGAGCCUCCUGAACCCAUCAAAUCCUACCCCAGCAUCAAAGAAGUUUUCCUCAUCUGCAACACCAGCAACGUGGGUGUUGUGGCCCCUCUCGGCUACAACGGCUUGCUCAUCAUGAGCUGCACCUAUUACGCCUUCAAGACCCGCAACGUUCCUGCAAAUUUCAAUGAAGCCAAAUACAUCGCCUUCACCAUGUACACCACGUGUAUAAUAUGGCUGGCGUUUGUGCCAAUCUACUUUGGCAGCAACUACAAGAUCAUCACCACGUCUUUCUCUGUAAGCCUGAGUGUGACUGUAGCUUUGGGCUGUAUGUUCACCCCAAAGAUGUACAUCAUCAUUGCCAAACCUGAGCGGAACGUGCGCAGCGCGUUCACCACCUCUGACGCUGUGCGCAUGCACGUCGGCGAUGGCAAAAUUGCCUGCCGAAGCAACAGCCUGCUCAACAUGUUCAAGAGGAAGAAGAACACUGGAAACGGCAGUUCUAAUGGAAAGUCUGUGUCAUGGUCUGAACCAGGUGCAAGACAUCCUCCAAAAGGGGAUCACACGUGGCACAGACUGUCAGUGCACGUGAAGAGACAGGAAGCAGGUUCCAAUCAGAUGGCUGUCAUCAAACCCUUAACUAAUACCUACCAAAGCCGAGGCCUGGACUUCUCAGACCUCAGCACUAAGACUUUGUACAAUGUGGCUGAGGAGGACGAGGGUGACCCGAUUAGAUACAAUCCCCCCAUCACUCCCCCAAUGAUGACCCACAGACACCUUCCUGACUGUGGGCUUAUAAAAGACAUGGAGGAGGUGAAGCUCUACAAACCUCAGCAUCAGCAGCCAAAUAGCAUGAUCCCCCAACACGUCGUCCUGGACCACCAACAUGGGAACGUGAUGGUUGGUAAAUUCAACAGUGACAUCCCUGAUCUUAAUGAUAUGAUUAGCAUGCCCGAGGCGGUGAGCGGCGGCAUGCCCGUAUACCACCAGGCCCACCUGAUCCAGCAGGAGCCGGUCCUGCCUCUGCACAUGGACCUGUUUGAUGAGGAGCCCUCUCCCCCUUUAGAGGACGAGGAGAUGGAGAAUGAGCAGUUUGGCCUUCUCCACGGCUACAUGUACAACAACGCCCAGAUUCAUGAUGAGGACUUUGUUGAGGUCAAAUUAGCCAUGGAAAACUCUCUGGCCCUAAUGCCUCCGUCCCCUUUCCGAGAUUGCGCUGCUCCUCCAGUGAGCCCCUUCCCCAAUUCGCCGGUGUCCGAGUCGAUUUUGUGCAAUCCUACAAAUAUGACAUAUGCCUCUGUAAUCCUCAAAGACUUCAAGCAAAGCUCCUCAACUCUGUGAGGGUGCACUCUAAAUAUUACCAGUUGUUGUACUAUAUUUUCAAGUUUCUAAUGAUGUGCUGUAUAUGAUAUGUAAGAAAGAAGUCAUUUUGUUGUCUGACAAGUCAUUUUUCACUCUAUAAUUGAUAGCUGUUACAUGAUAAGGAUGAACAACAAGGCACUACAUUUUAAAAUGGUUUUAGAUGUCUACAAUAGUGACAAACAAUGACACUUACAAACAUUUAUUUAAAUGCUAAUAUAAGAUUUUAGGAUUAAAUACAUUUUGUGCUUAACAAUAAGACAAGCAACUAUAAAUUGCCUAUGUACAUUUAUUACUAUAAACAGAUUUCUUUGAGAAAAUAUAGGCAACAUUACAAGCAGAUGAUUUUACUGAUAUUAAACAGCGCGACUUAAUGAGGAAUAUAGUUUGUAUGUAAAAUCGGAUUUGUCGAUAGUAUUUUUAGAAAAUAUGUUUUGUGUUACACAUUGUGACUUUUCUGUUUUAUUAAGAACGAAAGAAAUUGAAAAGUUUAAAGGAAUAGUUAGUAAUUGGGAAAAUACAAUUAUUGCUUUCUUGAAGAGAGGUUGAUGAGAAGAUUGAAUUCCCUCUAACAUCUGUCUGCUAAAUAUAAAGCUAAGUUUAGCAUAAAGACUGGAAAAGGGCAAAAGGGGGUCUUUUCUCACCAAGAGCUGUAUGAAUAACAAGCUAAUAUCUAAUUAUCCCAACACAUUUUUUGUUUUUCGCGUGUCAUUUCACGACAUAUGUCUCUACUGACUUGUGACGUAGUACGAAGAGCGAGAUGGGUCAAACAACCAGGACUUUCACCCAGGAGACCCAUGUUUGUGUCUUGUGUGGAACCAAAAGUCAACAACCAAAAGGUCCGGAAGAAGAAUAUUAACCACGUGUUUAAAACUUGACAAGUUGGGACAUGGGCGUUUAAAUGACAUAAACACAAAUUUUAAAAAGCUUGACAUGACACGCAAAAUGUCCUUAAAGAUAUAGUGCGUCGUGUCAUUUGGCAAUGGCUUGAAUGAAACUAAUGAUGUUGAUGUUCAAUAAUGCACAAAAGCUUUAAAAGUGGCAAGCUAAUUUUACACCUUCAUAUGAGCUCAUGUUGGAAACAAUUCAUACAUUUUAAUUAUUAGACUUUUUGGAUUAAACAAACAGGAUAUAAGGAUUUAUUCAGUGAGUUGUUACUGUAGGCAUAUUUUGUGACCUUUAGACAGAGCGAGGCUAGCUGUUUUCCCUUUUCGAGUCUUCAUGCUAAGCUAUGCUAACUACUGAUGGUAGCUUCAUAUAAGGUGUACAAUACAGGUGCUACAAUACAUGAGAGUGGUAUCAAACUUCUCAUAUAAUGAAACAUUUUUGACAAGAAAGCACAUUUCUCAAAACUUUUGAUUUAAACUGGUAGAGCAGAAUAAAAAUGUUUUUCUUUGAUGAAAUUUAAAACAUCUACAUGAUUUCUUGUUG